AAGCAUGCCACGUUACCAUGAACGAAGAGGACGGCAGACGGUCUGUUGCCACCCUCGACAUGACAAAGCAUGCCACGUAGCUAAAACUUUCUAUAUAGGCUCUCAGAGACGGAGCAUGCUUUUUCCAGAAUCCAGAAGAGACGCAAGGAAGAACCAGAGAAGUGCUCAAUCACAAAUUUCGAAAAAAAGAUGGCAAAAAGCACGGACGAUAUACGAUACGCAAAAGCUCAGGCAAAGGUUUCAGAAGACGAUGCAUUGAGAAUCAGGUACAAAGCAGGCACUCCACUUGAAGGAGGCAAGAUUGCCGACUCUGAGCCCGUUGAUCUUUUCUCAAGUGCCCACAACAUCUCCAGAGCCCAGCAACAGCCGAAGCACCAGGACCGAAGGACAGCUCAGGAUCAACAGCCACCCUCUGCAGAUCAGUCUCAACGCGACCCCAAAAAUGCCCAAGUAGCCAUGUCCGAUUUCAAAACCCAGCAGCACUAACCAUAUCCACCCACCCACCCGAUCAUUUUCCCUUUUUGUAUCCCACGUUGUUAUCGUAGUUCACAGAAUUCCACCGUGAUUUCCUCAUUUUGUGCAAUUUCUUUUUUCUUUGGGUUC